GUGGGCUACAGGUUUGUAGUUGACUUGGGAUGAAUGAACAUGAAAGAAUCCAUUUUAUUCUGCUCCACUUUGGAAAAACAGAGUGAAGAAGACUACGAGAUGCAGGUGAGCCUAUCGGAGGCUUUAUGUCGUCUGACUCCCAGGAAGGAGCGAGUCCAGCGAGCCAAUCAGUGGUUCUGCUGCGACAUUGGCAACGCCUUCUGCAACAUAAAAGACGCGGACUUUGAGGUGGAUUGUCGGCAUUUCCUGAACUUCCUGAACGAUUGUCAUGGUGAACAGAGAAGGGUUUGGAGCGUACCAUGCGUCAGAGCCUUCUUGGAGACCACAGAGCUCUUUUGCCCCAAAGAUGAAAAACUAGAUGAGUUCUGGGUAGACUUCAACUUUGGAUCGCAAUGCAUCAGCUUCUUCAUUGACCUUCCUCAGGGUUUCCUGUGGGGUUCUGUGCACCUGCUUAAGGAAGAGGUGGACCGGUACCAGCUUGAGGUCCCGCAGGAUGAAGGAAGCAGGGCUCAGGCAGUCCUCAGUGUCCAGCUGAAGAUUCCCAUCAUGCACCUGAGUAGCAAAGGCCACAGAGUAAAGCUGCUCUUCCGUCCGGAGCUGCUGGGAGAGCUGGAGGCGGCGGCUGCGAGGGUCUUUAUGGUCGAGGGAGCUUACAAAGACGCAGGUGAUGGAGUCCAGGCCUCCCCCUCUACUACAAGACCGCUUGGUAGAGUCUACAAGAAGAAGCCACCCAGUCAACUGAAAGUUCUUCCACUGUCAUCCCCAAGCAGUGACGACGACGACGCCUCGGUUACCAUGAGUUCCAGAAGUAAAGCAGAGAUCCUGUUUGAUCAAGUAUUACACUCGACGCCGUUGAAAGUGUCUGGCGUUCUUGCGUGGACAGAGCCUGAGAUCUUUCAGGAAGAGAAAUUUGACACUGGGGGAAAGAUUUCUGAUAUGACAAAGGAUGGUUCCGGUUCCAAAAGAAAGCGAGCCCCUCCAGAAUUAGGCAGUCCCAUCUGCGUUCAGGAGCUAGAGGUGGAGCCAGAGGAGUUGGAGGAUCCAGCGAGGCCAGGGCCCUCCAAACCCCAUUCGGUGCAUCUUGAGUGGGGGAGGGCGCUAACUAAAGCCAUGCUGCAAAAUCAGCAAGACACAAAAGAUCAAUUGAAAAUCAUUGCAGACACACUGCAACAUAUCAAUGAGUCACUGGCACAGAUUGCUGCUGCAUGUGCAACAAACGUGUUAAAUAAACAAAAUGUUGAAUGA